AUGGGAGUGCCCGGUGGCUUCGUCAGCUACGACGACGCCCAGUCCGUGCAGGAGGAACACCGCGGCCGCAUGCUCGCAUGGAAGGCCCUCACCGAGGCGCAGCGCCGCGACGCGCGUUGUCCCAGGCCGCUGCUCAUCUCCUUUGAGUGCACGCCAACCUUCACCCUCGGGCGCCGGCAGGACGACCUCACUCCUGCGCAGGCGGCGCACCUGCAGCAGCCCCUGGUGGUGCGUGGGCGGUCCGGCGGCGCGUCGGAGCGCCUCGUCCCCGUGGUGCGCAAGACGAACCGCGGCGGCCUGACGACGUACCAUGGCCCCGGGCAGCUCGUCCUAUGGCCCGUCGUGGACAUGCACUCGCCGCUGUACGCACGCUACGGCGUGGCCUCGUACGCGGGCCAUCUCGAGGCCACCACCCAGCGGCUGCUGGCUACGCGCUUCGGCGUGGGCGCCUCGACGGUGCGCGACGAGCCGGGCGUGUGGGUCGAUGCGGCCGGCGACCGCCCGCGCAAGAUGGCGGCGCUGGGCGUGCACCAUCGGCGCUAUGUGACGGCGCUCGGCCUGGCCCUCAACGUGGACCUGCCAGUCGAGGGAAGCGAGGAGACGAAUCCGUGGGCGCGGUUCGUGCCGUGCGGGCUGGAGGGCAAGGCAGUCACGAGCGUGGCCGCAGAGGCGGGCGGAAGGCUAGAGGCGGCAUGGGACGCCGGGGAGCUUGCUGCCGAGUGGGCGAGGCUGUUUGAAGAGGGGAUGCUUGACGAGGCUAAGCGAACGUUUGACGGACUGCGGAGGUGA